UGAGGGGAAUUUUUGCCUCCCACUUUUCUUGGGACUUGUGAAAAUUGUCGCGUUGGAGUGUCGAGUAGGAAUUGUAACGCUAGUAAGACUACCUGUCAACCAUGGACACGUAUUAGUUUUAUUUUGUGAAGGUGGAACAGGCAAGUGGAUUGGUUCUUAUUUUAGAUAUCGGCAAGUAUUUUGUAAGUAUUGCUAUAGUAUAGGACUUUCGGAUCUACAAGUGGCCAUCGGCGACAUCAGCAAGUGUGAAUGUCGGACUUCUUUCAUCUGUUACUUCAGCAUCCUCACAAUAGGUAGUGUUCACCAGUCCCCACCAUGCUGAGUUUCCUCCGCCGGACGCUGGGCCGGCAGUCCAUCCGUAAGCAUGCUGACAAGGCCCGGUUGAGAGAGGCCCAGCGGGCCACUACACACAUCCCUGCUGCCGGGGACUCCAAGUCUGUCAUCACCUGCUGUGUGUCAAUGCUGGAUGGCACAGAUGUCAGUGUGGACCUGCCGAAAAAAGCCAAUGGUGAGGAGCUGUUUGACCAGAUCAUGUACCAUCUGGACAUCGUAGAGAAGGACUACUUCGGACUACGCUUCAUGGACUCUGCACAAGUACCACAUUGGCUUGACAUUACAAAAAGCAUCAAAAAACAAGUCAAAAUCGGACCUCCAUACUGCCUUCACAUGAGGGUUAAGUUCUACUCCUCAGAACCCAACAACCUGCAUGAGGAGUUGACCAGAUAUCUAUUUGUAUUACAACUAAAGCAAGACCUCCUCAGUGGCAAGUUAGAAUGCCCUUUGGACACAGCAGUGGAACUGGCAGCCUUCUCGUUACAAGCUGAGCUGGGAGACUGUGACCCUGGGGAGCAUGCUCUGGACAUGGUGUCUGAGUUCCGCUUCAUGCCAGAGCAGACGGAGGCCAUGGAGCUGGCCAUCUUCAACACCUGGAAGGAGUGCAGGGGCCAGAUGCCGUCGCAGGCAGAGAUUAACUACCUGAACAAGGCCAAGUGGCUGGAGAUGUAUGGGGUGGACAUGCACAUGGUCAAGGCUCGAGAUGGUAAUGAGUACCAGUUAGGACUGACUCCCACUGGAGUGCUGGUGUUUGAGGGAGAGACCAAGAUAGGCCUGUUCUUCUGGCCCAAGAUCACCCGUCUAGACUUUAAGAAGAGCAAGCUGACCCUGGUGGUGGUGGAGGAGGAUGGAGAAGAGGCUCAGGAGACAGAAGAGGGUAAAGAGCAGCAGCACACGUUUGUGUUCCGUAUGGACCACCCCAAGGCCUGUAAGCACCUGUGGAAGUGUGCUGUGGAACACCAUGCUUUCUUCCGGCUCCGCGGCCCGGUCCAGAAGGGCUCAGCGCGCUCCGGGUUCAUCCGCAUGGGGUCACGCUUCCGCUACAGUGGGAAGACUGAGUACCAGACCACCAAGGGCAACAAAGCCAGGAGGUCAGCAUCGUUUGAGAGGAGGCCCAGCCGCCGUUACUCCAGGAGGACCAUGAUGAACCGGGGAGCCAACAAACUCCAGGAUCACAACAACGGAAUGAGCCCCAACAAAGAUGCCAAGCACCUCCACAUCAGAAGCCCCUGGUCCCUGCCCGUGGUCAGCCCUGUAUCCUCAGUCUGCACCAGCAGACCUAUGAAAAUCGAAACCCUCCCAAGAAGUCCUGGCGGUGGCCAAUCGGAGAAGAGGAGCAUGGCCCUGCCACUCGUAGCUGAUCUGCUGGAGACAUGCGUUAAUGACGUCACCCAUACACCUGUUCCCAUGGCGACAGCAGGCCUGUCUGAGGAGGCGGGACUAAGCAUGGCUGCCUCCGCCUCCAGCCUCACAGGGGAGGAGAAAGUCUCUCUUGCCGAGGCGGCAGCGCGGCUGAAGCAGCCGGAACUACAGAGUCUCUCGCUCCCUGUCCCUUCCAGAGCCAACCUCAACAUGAACAACCAGGAGGAUGUGGUGAAACUCACAGUGAAGUGUCUGAACAGUGUGGGUAGCAGCUCUGUGCCUUCUCCACUUCGCCCCCCAGAGGACCUGAAGAGUAACAUCAUCAAAGCCCAGGCUGCCCUCAAGAGCUCCCUGGAGGAGCACGUUGUGAUGGGGGACAAGAACAGCAAUGUACAGGAAGCUGCAGCCAGGCUGAAGGUGCGUAGUGGCCGUAUGGGCAGCAACUCCUCCCUGUCUCUAACUGGACAUCCCGAGAGACAGGAGUCAAGGGACCUGCUCAAACCAACACUGCUGACCACAGCUGGGACCAGUGUUGAGAUGUUGGCUGUGGAUCUCAUGCAAUCAGCACCUAUGAUGCCCCUUGAAACACUUAACGGGGGGCAACCAACAAAGGCCGAACCUGAGGAGCUGAAGAUGCCCACCCCUCCGUCACUGCGGGCCCCACUGAGCAGUAACCUGAUGGACUUCUCAGACCUAACCCCAGUAUUACCGCCACCAUCAGUGCAAUCCAAGCCCAUGAUAUCACCUCGCUGGAUCAUCCCUGCUGCUGCACCACUCACUGCCAUCUUUACUAACGGCCUCUUUGACCUUGACCACUCUGCAAAGACCGCCGCCCCUUUCCAACCUGAAGGGAGGGCUCUCACCCCAGCCCUGCACCCCCAUCUCUCCUCUCAAAUGCACAAUGCGAUUGACACCAGCGUUGUGGCCCAGCUACCCAAAGAGCACAGCUCCAAGCACAAAGGUCUGUUGACCACUGAGCUCUGAGUGGGAACCAGGGGGGGAGCUAGCUUCUACCCUCCUCACAACGAAUACUUCCUACCCCUGGUGUUCCCAAACUAGGGGACUACUUCCUACCCCUGGUGUUCCCAAACUAGGGGACUACUUCCUACCCCUGGUGUUCCCAAACUAGGGGACUACUUCCUACCCCUGGUGUUCCCAAACUAGGGGACUACUUCUUACCCCUGGUGUUCCCAAACUAGGGGACUACUUCCUACCCUGAGCACAUUCAUCUCCUACUGCAUUCCCAAACCUGGGGGAAGUUCCUGCACUAGUGACAACCAGUAUCUCCUACUGCAUUCCCAAACAAUUCCCAAACCAGCAGCAAUCAAGAGAUUGGAUCAUUGGAAUUCCUCGUCUCACUAGAUUCCAGUUUGGAGCAGUGUUUUAGUGUUUUAUUUUAGUACCACAGUUGGUUCACUGGUUCUUUUCAUAAGCAUUCCUACAAAGUGCACAGACUCCUUUUUUUAGAAAUGUUUUAAGCAGGAAGGGACUGCAAUAAGUGCUAAGGAAGAGGACAUCUGUUCCUCAAGCCACUGGAUUACACUGGAGCAUUGGACCUGGACUCUUAGAAGAUAUGAAACAAUGACUUUUUACUGACUUUUUUUUUUUGUGCUGUUUUUUAAAAUUUAAAGUCAUACCGAGUGAAUCGAUCAAGUACCAGUGUUCAGUUAGGACCUGGUGCUCACUAGACGUUUCUGAAUCUGGUUAAGACUCAGUUAUCAGAGGAUGACAACAGUAAUAUGUAGAAUGCAGGCAUGAAUUUAGCCACAUCUAAAAUGUCUAUUUUGUAUCCAUAAAAAAACACUGUAGCUACAACCUGCCUUAAGCUAGCUGAAUGUUAAAUUAUGAUUGCAUAACUUUACACAGUAAGGAAAUACUACCACUACUAUUACCAAUACUAUCACUACUGUUACUAAUACUACUAAUACUACCACUAAUACUAUUACUACUGUUACUAAUGCUACCACUACUAAUACUACCACUACUAUUACUAAUACUACCACUACUAUUACUAGUACUACCACUACUAAUACUACCAAUAUUACUACUAUAUUUAGGCCUAUACUGUACUUUAGUUUUUCAUUUUACUGAGUCCACUGCUUACGACUGGAGUGUCUGUGUGUGAUGGUAAUAUCUAAUCAUGUAGUCUUGACACCGUUUCUGGCUGUGGUCAUCAAUGACAGGUGACAUAACUCAUAGGCCUAUUUCCUCUGUCAGCCUAUCAUAAACUGGCUCUCCAUUGGUUCUUUUACACACUAAGCCAAUCACAUACAGGAUCUCUGGUGGUAGGAAGUUGUCAGUCAACUGUAUUAUUCACUAACGUAAGAUGUAAUUAAAAAUGUAUUUUAGAUAUCAGACGGGCGGUAGAUCAGUAGGUCUUUGCGAGACGAUGUGCAGUAGAGGUAAAAGCAGAAGACAUUUUCAAAUACAGUUAAUUUGAACAAGUGAUCUGUGAACAACACCCAUCUCAACGGAAAGACUUAAAACGCAUCACGUUUAUAAUUAAAAAAAUGUUUUUUUUAAAGUGAAGUCUUGAGGGUUUUUUUUGUUUUUUUUUAUACUUAAAAUAGCCACUCUGAGAAGAUGUGAAGUGUUCUCCCUCUCUCUCUGUAUCAUGAAUAUAAACUCAGCAAAAAAAGAAACGUCCUCUCACUGUCAACUGCGUUUAUUGUCAGCAAACUUAACGUUUAAAUAUUUGUAUGAACAUAACAAGAUUCAACAACUGAGACAAACUGAACAAGUUCCACAGACAUGUGACUAACAGAAAUGGAAUAAUGUGUCCCUGAACAAAGGGUGUAGCCACCAGCUGCAUUAAGUACUGCAGUGCAUCUCCUCCUCAUGGACUGCACCAGAUUUGCCAGCUCUUGCUGUGAGAUGUUACCCCACUCUUCCACCAAGGCACAUGCAAGUUUCCAGACAUUUCUGGGGGGAAUGGCCCUAGCCCUCACCCUCUGAUCCAACAGGUUCCAGACGUGUUCAAUGGGAUUGAGAUCCGGGCUCUUCGCUGGCCAUGGCAGAACACUGACAUUCCUGUCUUGCAGGAAAUCACGCACAGAACGAGCAGUAUGGCUGGUGGCAUUGUCAUGCUAGAGGGUCAUGUCAGGAUGAGCCUGCAGGAAGGGUACCACAUGAGGGAGGAGCAUGUCUUCUCUGUAACACACCGUUGAGAUUGCCUGCAAUGACAACAAGCUCAGUCUGAUGAUGCUGUGACCCUCCGCCCCAGACCAUGAUGGACCCUCCACUUCCAAAUCAAUCCUGCUCCAGAGUACAGGCCUCGGUGUAACGCUCAUUCCUUUGAUGAUAAACGCAAAUCCAACCAUCACCCCUUGUGAGACAAAACCGCGACUAGUCAGUGAAGAGCACUUUUUGCCAGUUCUGUGUGGUCCAGCGACGGUGGGUUUGUGCCAUAGGUGACGACGUUGCCGGUGAUGUAUGGUGAGGACCUGCCUUACGACAGGCCUACCAGCCUCGCUCAGCCUAUUGCGGACAGUCUGAUGGAGGGAUUGUGCGUUCCUGGUGUAACUCGGGCAGUUGUUGCCAUCCUGUACCUGUCCUGCAGGUGUGAUGUUCGGAUGUACCGAUCCUGUGCAGGUGUUACACGUGGUGUGCCUCUAAGGAUGAUCGGCUGUCCGUCCUGUCUCCCUGUAGCGCUGUCUUAGGCGUCUCACAAGUCAGGACAUUGCAAUUUAUUGCCCUGGCCACAUCUGCUGUCCUCAUGCCUCCUUGCAGCAUGCCUAAGGUACAUUCACGCAGAUGCGCAGGGACCCUGGGCAUCUUUCUUUUGGUGUUUUUCAGAGUCAGUAGAAAGGCCUCUUUAGUGUCCUAAGUUUUCAUAACUGUGACCUUAAUUGCCUACCGUCUGUAAGCUGUUAGUGCCUUAGUGCCAUUUUUGAACAUCUUGGCAUAGUUCUGUUAUAAUCUCCACCCGGCACAGCCAGAAGAGGACUGGCCACCCCUCAUAGCCUGGUUCCUCUCUAGGUUUCUUCCUAGGUUUUGGCCUUUCUAGGGAGUUUUUCCUAGCCACCGUGCUUCUACACCUGCAUUACUAGCUGUUUGGGGUUUUAGGCUGGGUUUCUGUACAGCACUUUGAGAUAUUAACUGAUGUACGAAGGGCUAUAUAAAAUAAAAUAAAUUAAAAAACUUGAUUGAUAAUGACCGUUCCACAGGUGCAUGUUCAUCAAUUGUUUAUGGUUCAUUGAACAAGCAUGGGAAACGGUGUUUAAGCCCUUUACAAUGGAGAUCUAUGAAGUUAUUUGGAUUUUCACGAAUUAUCUUUGAAAGACAAGGUCCUGAAAAAGGGACGUUUCUUUUUUUGUUGAGUUUAUAAACUAAUUUACCUGGCAAGAACAUUCUUUGUCAUAUUAUUGAAUUCCAUAUGCAUUAUAGAUUGUAGAGAUGGUGAUUGACCAACAUGAGUGGUCUUUUUUAAAGCUCUGAGAGGAAACUUUUCUCAGUUAAACAUACCACUGUUUUUCUCUGCUGUUAGAAAUUGUGCCUCACCAUGUAAGUGCAAUUGUGCUGUAGCUCUCGUACGUUAAUUUAUUCCUCUU